GCAAGAAACACUCAGAAGCUGCCCAGAGCUACCACCCUUCUUAUCCCCACCCCUCCUCCUCCUACCUUUUCUCCUUCAGACCUCAAAAUCUGUGUGUCUCCUGCCGCGGCUAGCUGAUAGGAACAAGAGCAUGCACAUCCGAGAAGAGGAGGCUACACCAUCCACAGUAACAGGCAUCAUGUCGACCCUGACUUCGGCGGGGCAGCAGAAGCUGAAGGAGCCCAUAUCCCCUGGUGGCGGCUCCGCGUCGGUCGCUGGGUCCGCUGCGGAGAGGAACAACGGCGGCAGGGGCAAGGGCAAGACUGAGAUCAAGCGCAUCGAGAACACGACCAACAGGCAGGUCACCUUCUGCAAGCGCCGCAACGGCCUCCUCAAGAAGGCGUACGAGCUCUCCGUGCUCUGCGACGCCGAGGUCGCGCUCAUCGUCUUCUCCAGCCGCGGCCGCCUCUACGAGUACGCCAACAACAGCGUGAAGGGCACCAUUGAGAGGUACAAGAAGGCAACCAGUGACAACUCCAGCGCAGCUGGUACGAUUGCAGAGGUCACCAUUCAGCAUUACAAGCAGGAAUCUGCUAGGCUGAGGCAGCAGAUCGUUAACUUGCAGAACUCCAACAGGGCCCUGAUAGGUGAUUCUAUCACAACCAUGAGCCACAAGGAACUUAAGCACUUGGAGACUAGGUUAGACAAAGCUCUCGGAAAGAUUAGAGCAAAAAAGAACGAUGUGCUGUGUUCUGAAGUCGAGUACAUGCAGAGAAGGGAAAUGGAGUUGCAGAAUGACAACUUGUACUUAAGGAGCCGGGUUGAUGAGAAUGAAAGGGCACAACAGACAGCGAACAUGAUGGGGGCACCAUCGACAAGUGAGUAUCAGCAGCACGGUUUUACUCCUUAUGAUCCAAUAAGGAGCUUCCUGCAGUUCAACAUCGUGCAGCAGCCUCAGUUCUAUUCUCAGCAGGAGGACCGGAAAGACUUCAACGACCAAGGUGGAAGAUAAAUAUUGGACCUCUCAAGCUUCAGUACUUAUCCGUGAUGAUGCAUGACUGCCAGUGAGAAACUGAGCUACAUUACUGUGGAAUUAUAUGUAAAGACUAGUACUACUGCUUCAUAUAUGUGCAUGUGCGCACACGCGCACGUAGUAUGCACAAUUUCAUCCCACUAUUAUGGCUUGGCACCAACUAUGUCUCCUUAAUUAUCAUAGGAGAAAAAUAAGUCACGCACAAAAAAAUUCUAAAG